AUGGCUCCGAACACUAGUUCGUCCGACGGGACGGCAGUUGAAAAGGCCGUAGAUCAGGAGUCGCUCAUGGUGAACACCCUCCCCUCCACAGAGCCACCACCGCUCACCAACCCAUUACCAACGAAAGGCCUCGAGGAGGAGAAAGCCAACCCCGCGCCGGUCGUCACCGGAACGUCCAAGGAUGAGCAGUACCUCGUCCAAGAAGUCGAGCCGGCCCCAUUGCGCAAAAACCGCAAACUGCCACGCGGGUGGGGCGACAAACACGUUUCGCCGGAAGCGAGAGCCGGUAUCUUUUCUAAACUCACGUAUUGGUGGAUGAACGAUGUGUUCUGGGUCGGCUGGAAUCGACCCCUGGAUACGGAAGACAUUUGGAAAUUGAGCCCACAUUGGCAGGUGCAGCAUAUGCACGCGCGGUUCGAUGCGUCGUGGGAGGAGGAAAAGCUACGUGCGGCGGGCAAGGCCCCACCGGCGGGGAAAGGGAAGGGCUUCAAGGUUCCUUUCACGUCCUACAAAUACCCCGCGGUCGAUAAGGCGACAGGCAAGCCACCACAACCGGGGCUGUUCCGCGCUAUCUAUCGCGCGUGGUUUUGGCAGAUCGCACCUGUUGGUAUUGUCAAAUUCACGGCGGAUAUGUCGAACGUGUUCUCGCCCCUGCUCGUCAAGUACAUCCUGCAAUUCGUCGCGCGGAGUCAGUUCGUCAACAACGGGAACGAUGUGACUGGGUCGAAUAACUCGUUGCCACCAUUAGCUGAAGGAUUUGGAUACGUUAUUGCUCUGUUCAUCCUGCAAGUCCUGCAAUCAGUCUUGAACAGUCUCUUUUUCCAAACGUGUACCACGCAAGGCAUGGCGAUCCGAUCCUCCCUGACCGCCGCCAUCUACCGCAAAACCAUCCGUCUCUCCGCGUCCGCCCGCCAAAACUUCAACGCGGGAAAAGUCAUGAACAUGGUAGCUACGGACACCCAGCGUGUCGAGCUGUUCAUACAGUUCAUCCACAUCAUCUGGGCCGCACCCGUCCAGAUCACUGCAAUCGCUAUCUUCCUCAUCGUCCAGCUCGGAUGGUGCGCGUUGGCCGGGAUGGGGCUUCUGGUAUUGUGCGGGCCGCUGCAGAGCCGGGUCAUGGCGGUAUUGCGAGACAUCCGGAAAAGCGUUGCACCCAUCACCGAUUCACGAGUGAAAUUGACCCAGGAGAUUCUGAGCGGGAUCCGUGUCAUCAAGUUCUUCGCUUGGGAGAAGCCAUUUCUGAAGAAGGUGGAGGGUAUCCGAGACAAGGAAAUCCACCAGGUGCUGCGACGAGGUAAACUUCAAGCGUUCGUCCUCGCCGUCGCAUUCGGUAUCCCCAUCAUGUCGGCAGCCCUUGCCAUCGUUUUAUACGCGGUCACCAAUCCACUGGACGCCACAAAGAUCUUCCCCGCCCUGACUUGGUUCAUUCAACUUCGAUUCCCGCUCAUGUUCUUGCCGCAAUUAAUCGUCGGAUUGGCGGAUUUCAGGGUUGCGUUGAACCGCAUCACGGAGUUGCUGAUGGCGCCUGAGUUGGACGCUCAGCCAGAACGGGUGGACGGCGUCGACUAUGCUCUGAAGGUUGACCAGGGAGAGUUUGAAUGGGAGCAGCCUCUUGGUGCUCCUGUUGACGCUAAGGGCAAGCAAAAGGAAGGAGGCGGUAGUGAGAAGACUGGCGCCGACAAAGCGCCCGCGAAAGGCAAAUCGGAAUCGGCAAACCCAAUGUUGUCCGAACCCAGCGAUGCGGACGUUCCAAGUGCGACAUCAUCAGUGGACCAGGGCAUAUCCACUCUCCGCAACAUUUCCUUCACCGUUCCCAAAGGUGCACUCGUGGCCAUCGUUGGUCCCGUUGGUAGUGGGAAAUCGUCCCUACUCAACGCUCUCAUCGGUGAGAUGAAACGCAAGUCUGGAACUGUGUCCUUUUCGGGCUCCCUCGGCUACUGCCCGCAACAGGCGUGGAUCCAGAACGCGUCGUUGAGGGAGAAUAUCACGUUUGGACAGCCUUUCGAUGCGCAGAGGUAUCUCAGGGCGCUGAGAGAUUGCGCGUUGGAGCAGGAUCUUGCGCUUCUCUCCGAUGGAGAUAUGACGCAAAUUGGGGAGAGGGGAAUCAAUUUGUCAGGAGGCCAGAAGCAGAGAGUCAAUCUCGCUCGUAUGGUCUAUUACGACAGCGAUAUCGUCCUGCUAGACGAUCCGCUCAGCGCCGUCGACGCGCAUGUUGGCAAGUACCUGUUCGAACGGUGCAUAGCGGGCACACUGAAGAACAAGACGCGCAUCCUGGUCACUCACCAGCUUCACGUUGUCCCUGAUGUCGACUACGUCAUUUGCAUGAAGAACGGCGAGAUCGCCGAGAUGGGCACAUAUCAGGAGCUCAUGGCGGUAGAAAGCGGCGAGUUUGCAUCUUUGAUGAAGCGAUACGGCGGUAUCGAGGAGGGCAUUGGAGCUGGUGAUGGUGUGGAGACCAUUUCUGUGGGUGCACAAGCAUUGUUGGAUGAAAAUGACGAAGCAGCAAUGCAACGACUCGGGAAAUCGAUUGUGCAGAACAAGGCCGCUCGCCAGCUGAUGACCACCGAAGAAAAAGCCAGCGGAAGUGUCGACUGGACCGUAUGGCUCGCCUACGCACGAGCUGCCGGCGGCCAGAUUUUCGUCCUUUACCUGCUCCUCCUCAUGGUGUUCGUCCAGAUUUCGCGAGUCGGCACGGAUCUGUGGUUGGUGUACUGGACGAACAACCAAAUUACUUCGUUCUCCAACAAUCAAUACGUGGCCGUUUAUUGGGGAUGGGGCGUCUUCCAGACGAUCAUGAUCUACUGCUUUGGAUUGUUCUUUGCGUAUGCGGGCACGCGCGCUGCCAGAGUGCUACACGAUCACGCUCUCAGCCGGGUGCUUGAGUCGCCCGUCCGGUUCUUCGAUUCUACACCACUCGGUCGAAUCAUCAACCGAUUUUCAAAAGACCAGGAUACGAUCGACAACACUCUCGCUGACUCGUUCCGAAUGUUCAUCAACACCUUUGCCAGUACCAUUUCAACAUUCAUCCUCAUUAUCUACGCUACGCCUAUCUUCCUCGCGCCUCUGCUUGUCGUUCUGGUAUUCUACUGGUUUUUCCAGAAACUCUACCGUGGUGCAUCCCGCGAACUCAAGCGUCUCGAUUCUACCACGCGAUCACCGCUUUACGCCAGUUUCGGCGAGACCUUGGUCGGAGCGGCGACCAUCCGCGCCUACGGAGAACAGAAUCGCUUCAUUGACGUCAACGACGCGCGCAUCAAUGGCAACAAUGCGCCGUACUUUUUGCUGAUCACUGCGCAGAGGUGGUUGGCGAUCAGGUUGGAGAGUCUGGGAGCACUCCUGGUGUUCUUCGCUGGACUCUUCGGGCUUCUCGCACGGACGUCCUUGUCCGCGGCGUUGUUGGGCCUGUCCCUCUCCUACGCCCUGCAAGUGACGCAAACCCUCAACUGGUGUGUCAGGCAGUUCACAGAGACCGAAAUCGCCAUGAACGCCGUCGAGCGUGUCAACCACUACGCCUACCAAAUCGAGAGGGAGCCAUUGCCCGCCAACCCACCACCUCCGUCCUCGUUGUCCGCCAGCAAAGCGGACGGGUCCGCACAGCCCGUCGCAUCCGAGGUCACGGUCUUUGUCGACGUGCCACGGGAGCCCACCAAACCGCCACCGCACGGCUGGCCGACGACAGGCGCCAUCUCCAUCCGCAAUCUCACGCUGCAAUACGCGCCGGAUCUCCCCGCGGUUCUGCAUGAUCUCACAUUGUCUGUCAACCAUAUGGAGAAGAUUGGAGUCUGUGGACGCACGGGGAGCGGGAAGAGUACGCUUAUUCAGUCGCUGUACCGGACGGUUGAGCCGUGCUUGGGGUCCGUCAUUUCGAUCGAUGGACUGGAUACGCAGACGCUGCCGUUAUAUGAUCUGAGGAGAGCUAUUGCCAUCAUUCCCCAAGAUCCAACACUAUUCAGCGGCACAUUCCGCAGCAACCUCGACCCGUUCUCGGAAUACACGGAUGAAGACCUCCUCGUCGCCCUCCGCCGCGCCCGUCUCGGCGACGACGUGGUGGCGAAAGGCGGCCUGGAAGGCCCAGUCGCGGAAGGUGGCGAGAACCUCUCCGUCGGACAACGACAACUUGUCUGCCUGGCGAGAGCGAUGGUGCGCAAGCCCAAGAUCCUCAUCAUGGACGAAGCCACCGCGAACGUCGAUCUCGAGACCGAUGCCGUUGUGCAGAAGGUGCUUCGGGAGGAGUUUGCGGAGUGUACUGUGCUUUGCGUUGCGCAUCGCUUGAACACAAUCAUCGACUACGACCGCGUCCUAGUCCUCAAAGACGGCCGCAUCGCCGAAUACGACACGCCCCGCAAUCUCCUCUCCAAACCGGAUUCGGACCCAAAUGCGGUGUUCAAAUCCAUGAUCGAAGAGACCGGCGCCACAAACGCCGAGAUGUUGAAGAAUAUGGUCAAGUGAUCAUAUCUGAUGCCUGCCACCACUGUUGAAAAAUCCUUCCAGCCCUGCUUUUGGCUGGACUUUCGCACCUGGGCCCCUGUUUCGUGCCCAACCUACUCCAUUGGUAAACCUACCAAUAAUGCGUCUUUACGCCUGUUGAACUCUGUUUCAUUCCGUUUUUUUUGUAUCUUGGACAUCUUAUCUUGUAUGCUUUAUUCUUCCGUCUUUGUCAACUUGUACCAUGGUUGUAAUCACAUAAUUGGACACCCAAUGGCCGCCUCGCACUCUUGUGAACUACUGUAUAU